AUGACGACAGAAGCACCAAAGCCGUCGUUCACUACUGCUGUGGUUGAAGCAAUAAGAGCACUCUACCCGCAAGAAUUGGCAGACGGUGCAUGGGACAACACAGGAUUGUUACUCGACCAAGCUCAAGACGCAAGGCUCACAGCCCAGACCGACAACAUCGUCUUGUUGACCAACGAUCUAUCUGCACCGGUUGUGGACGAGGCAUUGCGAGUAAAGGCUAAUGUCAUCAUCAGCUACCACCCGUGUAUCUUCAGAGGUCUGAAGUCCUUGACCAACUCGGAUCCAAUGCAGGCGUCACUGCUUCGCUUGAUCGCCGCUGGCGUCGCUGUGUAUUGCCCACACACGGCCAUGGAUGCCGCGCACGGGGGUAUCAAUGACUGGAUAUGCGACAUUGUCGUCAAUGGACAGUCCGAGGUCAGGUCGACUGUGCUUCAGCCCAUCUCCCGAUCCUUGCCCGAAGGCCACGAUGGGGCAGGCUAUGGUAGAAGUGUCGUUUUAGAUACCCCAUUGCCUCUGUCCACGUUGCUCAAGAACCUCUCGGCUGGUAUUGGCGGCCAACGAUACAUCUCGAUUGCAUUGCCCCCCGGGAAAACCGACUUGCAGGAGGUGAUUUCCAAGGUCGCAGUCUGUGCAGGAUCCGGCUCUAGUGUCCUCAAAGGUUGUGAUGCGCAGUUACUCGUCACCGGAGAGAUGAGCCACCAUGAUGCAUUACACCACACCCAAUUGGGUCAAAUCGUGGCGACCGUCUUCCACAGCAAUUCAGAGCGCCACUAUCUGACGCAGCGACUAAAGCCGAAACUCGAAGAGCAGCUCAAGCAGUCUGGCUUGGAGAGCUAUUCGGUACUGGUCAGCAAGAAGGAUCGCGACCCAUUCGAGACCAUUGAUGUCACACAGCUGUAG